GUCAGCUGCCGUCGUGUCGGGAUUGGAAUGUUACCGACUAACAAUCGGGACAACUGAGCACUCGGUAAUUGGACACUAGGCUCAAGAAAUCCCGUCUUUCUGAACAUUUUCUCAGCUAUUUAUCCGGUCUGAGGUUAGCGGUUGGUUGCCUCGUGUCGACCGGAUAACUUCGCCUGCUGCCUGGCGCCCCGCCGGUGAGGGGUUUUAUUUAAAAUCAGCGCGACCGAGGCUGUGUGUGGAGGUUGUAAUACAUAAGAAGAGAAAUGCAGGGAUUCAUCAGGUUAUAGUUGUACCGCUGAGCUGCCGCUGCGCUACGACGCUCCCCCCGGUUUUUUCUGCUUUUCUUCACACUGGAUCAUGGAGUGAGACGAGAGGGGGAAUAGGACGAAUUCACCCGGAGGCAUUUGGAUUCAAGCGCAGCGGCCACACCGACGGGGUUUUUUUUUUUUUACACUCCCUGGUCAAUGUCCUAUCGAGUUUAACAUCCAAACCGGGGUAUACCUUUCCGUCUGGGAGAGCCUCGGGGACCCCUGCCGCUUUUCCGGGGAGAGAGAGUUCCCAGGUGGCUGCCGGACAGUUUUUUUUACAUUUGAAUAUCUCCAUACAGCCAGUCUGAAUGAGGGUGCGAAGAAGCGCCUGGGAAGAGAGUCUCUGCUUGUGAUUGUGUCCGAGAGGGUCCGGGCAGCACUGAGCUUUCUUAGGCACCUCAGCCCCGCUGCAGGCGCUCUGCGAUAUGGUGAAACUCUACAGAAGAGGGAGAAUGGGACACUACUUUUAAAAUCGCCCACAUGCACUGGAUCAAUUGCUGGAUUUGGGAACCGAAUACGCAGAAGGGGGGUUGGGGAUCCUUGGAGGCUGCCGGAGGAUGGAGCGGUGUAGCCGGGGUUGGUGAGAGCCUAACUUCGGGCCACUUUACAUUUCUUAUUCCUAAACAACUCGCCCCUGUUCCCAGGACACAUGCAGGCCAAAAAACGCUACCUGAUCCUGCUCUCCGCCGGUGCAUGUCUAGUGCUUCUCUUCUACCUCGGAGGGGUUCAACUUCCAGCGGCGACCAGGAGCCGACAUGACCGCAGCCGGCAUGGGUACCGGCCCGACCAGCCCUGGCCUCACUUCUCGGACCCGUUACACCUUUUCCUGCCCUGGGAUCAGACGGACACCGAGGAGUACAACCUGCACAUAUCCCCGAGGCAGAAGAGGGACGUCAACACGAGUGUUUACAGAGGCAAACGGUGCCGCAUGGAUUCCUGCUUUGAUUUCUCUCAGUGUCAAAAGAACGGAUUCAAAGUUUAUGUUUACCCGCAGCAGAAGGGGGAGAAGAUCUCAGAGAGUUAUCAGAAUAUUUUAUCGACCAUUGAGGGGUCCAGGUUUUACACCUCAGACCCCGGACAGGCGUGUCUGUUCAUCCUGAGUCUGGACACUCUGGACCGGGACCAGCUGUCCCCGCAAUACGUCCACAACCUGAAGACUAAGGUCCAGAACCUGCCUCUGUGGAACGACGGCAGGAACCACCUCAUAUUUAACUUGUACUCGGGGACGUGGCCGGACUAUACGGAAGACUUGGGCUUUGAUAUUGGCCAGGCCAUGUUGGCCAAAGCCAGCAUCAGUACCGAGAACUUCAGGCCCAACUUCGACGUGUCCAUCCCCCUCUUCUCCAAGGAACACCUGAGGACCGGUGGGGAGAGGGGCUUCCUCAAGUACAACUCCAUCCCGCCUUUUAGAAAAUACAUGCUGGUGUUCAAGGGGAAGCGCUACCUGACAGGUAUCGGCUCGGACACCAGGAAUGCCUUACAUCACGUCCACAACGCAGAGGAUGUGGUGCUGCUCACCACCUGCAAGCAUGGCAAAGACUGGCAGAAGCACAAGGACGCGCGCUGUGACAAGGACAACGCGGAGUACGACAAGUACGACUACAAGGAGAUGCUCCACAACUCCACCUUCUGUUUGGUGCCCCGUGGCAGACGUCUAGGCUCCUUUCGCUUCCUCGAGGCGCUACAGGCUGCGUGUGUGCCGGUGAUGCUGAGUAACGGUUGGGAGCUGCCUUUCUCCGAGAUCAUCGACUGGAACACAGCCGCAGUGAUCGGCGACGAGAGGCUGCUGCUGCAGAUCCCGACUACAGUGCGCUCCAUCCACCAGGAUAAGAUCCUGUCACUCAGACAGCAGACUCAGUUCCUCUGGGAGGCCUACUUUUCCUCUGUUGAGAAGAUAGUGCUGACCACACUGGAGAUCAUCCAGGACCGCGUGUUGGAGCACGGCUCCAGGAGCAGCCUGAUGUGGAACAGUCACCCUGGGGGACUCCUCGCCCUGCCGCAGUACUCUGGAUACCUGGGAGACUUCCCCUUCUACUACGCCACACUGGGUAUUAAACCGUACCCCAAGUUCACAGCGGUCAUCCAUGCUGUCUCCCCUCUGGUGUCCCAGUCCCAGCCCAUACUCAAGCUCCUGGUAGCUGUGGCCAAGUCCCAGUACUGUGCACAGAUUAUUGUCCUGUGGAACUGUGACAAGCCUCUCCCGGCCAAACACCGCUGGCCUGCCACCUCAGUGCCCGUCAUCGUCAUCGAGGGAGAGAAUAAGGUGAUGAGCAGUCGUUUUUUGCCCUACGAGACAAUAGUGACUGACGCUGUCCUCAGCCUGGAUGAAGACACAGUGUUGUCCACCACAGAGGUGGACUUUGCCUUCACCGUCUGGCAGAGCUUUCCAGAGCGAAUCGUAGGUUACCCCGCUCGCAGCCACUUCUGGGACAGUAACAAGGAGCGUUGGGGCUACACAUCCAAAUGGACCAACGAUUAUUCAAUGGUGCUGACCGGGGCCGCCAUCUACCACAGGUAUUACCAUUACCUGUACACCAACUACUUACCCACCAGUCUCAAGGGCAUGGUGGACCAGCUGGCCAACUGUGAGGACAUCCUGAUGAACUUCCUGGUUUCUGCUGUCACCAAGCUGCCGCCCAUCAAGGUCACACAGAAGAAACAGUACAAGGAGACGAUGAUGGGACAGUCUUCGAGGGCUUCUCGCUGGGCCGAUCCAGACCACUUUGCCCAGCGGCAGACCUGCAUGAACAAGUUCGCCAGCUGGUUUGGCGCCAUGCCGCUGGUCCACUCCCAGAUGAGACUGGACCCCAUCCUGUUCAAGGACCAGGUCUCCAUUCUCCGCAAGAAAUACAGGGACAUCGAGAGGCUCUGACAGGACCGGCGCCCCCUCGCGGGAGACCCCACGCAGGGGGAGGCGCGUGAGAGAGACUCUGUGGAGAGUAGAAGGAGUAGUAGGACUACAGCAGGAUGGAAGGGGAGCGACACAGUUCUGUCUUCCACUCAGCACAUUGCCAAUGACCGCAGCGCCGCUGCUGCCAGGGCUUGACACGGGAAGGAAUGAAUAGGAAACAAGCAGAUGGCGUUUGGAUAUGAAAAACACAAACAAGAAUUGCAAACAGACUGACAAAGAGGAGUACACAAACUGAUGGACAUGCCAAACAGCUCUGUAUGUUUUGCAAAUGUGCAAACACACAGCACACACUACUGACGACGAGAACUCUUGGAUAGAAUAUUUUUUUGUACAACACGAACAAGCACGACAUUGACUUUCCUGCUCUCUCGGCACAUGUGCAGGACGGUAGAAGAGGGAAGGUGUACUCGAUCGCAAACCAGGCAACCCCACCCACCAUAAAUCCUACUGAUCGCCCCGAGCAACCCUUCCUAGCCUGCAUCAGGACCUAAUACUGGACUACCAAAACCCCUGCAUUAUAGCCCAGGAAACCCUGUUUCUUUAGUUGAUUUGAUUUCUGUACAAAUCAGCUCUCUAGUGUAACUGUUGACCCUUUCUCCUCAGAGGUUUGUAAUCAGAGCGUCUUCAGUGUAAUAUUUUCAUUCUCAAGGCAGAAAAGGUAAACAGCAGUCCCCAAGCUGUUAUUGCAAUGGCCUGACAAGGUUUAUUUUUUUUUAUAGCAAAUCAGCCAUUAUUUCUUGCAAUUCUUGGCUAUCAACACACAUCCUUGAGCCUGAAAACAUCCCGUCUGCCCUAUCCUCGGCUCAUUCCUUGAUGUGCUGAUACGGCUUUUAUAAUGGUCUAUCCGCUUCCCUGUUAUGACUAAGUUAAGUUAGAAAAACAUCUCGUUUCAUAUCCCAUUUUCCUCUCAUACUCACCACGGCAGUUGUACUUUUCUCAUCUUUUUUUUUUCACUUACUUUCAUCAUCAUUUAUUUCCCCCUUCAAACUCUCUCGACUUUCACUCUUCUGUGUGUGUGUGUGUGUGUGCGUGUGCGUGCGUGUGUGUGUGUAUGUUGUGUGCACAGAGCCUUGAAAAGUUGGCUCAUCCAACCAUAAGCUCGAGCGGAGUACAUUUUCCCUCCGUUCGAAUGAGCGAAAUGAACAUUUCUAGAUGAAAUGGAGCAUAACGUUGCAUUCUAACCCAAACUCGUAUUGCCCAUUUAUUCCUUCCUGCAUGGCCUUGGAGCACUAUCCUUACAGGGAGAAAUGGAAUAACAUUUUAGACCAUAGCAGGUCUUUAGUGACCAGCGUCAUUUCACGGGAGUGCUUGUAGAGAGAUUCUUUAAGCGCAUCAGUGCCAUUCUGUCAUCAGGGUCUGCCUUUGAAAUUGUUUAUUGCACAUCACGUUGCCUACAUCAGUUUGAGAUGCCUAGAUGCUCUUGUGUUGAAAUAUUCUAGUCAUCAGUCCAAUGCGGCUCUCCUGCCAUCAUGAUUUCUUUUCACCGUGACAUAUCAGAGGACCUCAGAGCCAUUAAAUUGACAAAAGGUUUUCUCCUCCAUUUGUCAGGCAGAGAUACGUUUGGGCUUCAAUUAGGUAAACCUAUUUCAUUUGGAGUGCUGUUUUAUUCCCAGGAGACAAGCUGUAGAUGAAACACUCUAACAUUACGGACCAUUGUGUUGUGGAAGCAGUGACCCACAAACAUGACCUGCUGGCUAAUGCUAGCCCUGGGAAGAGAGCUUUUCACACUCCCUCCCUGCUUGUCUGUUACUUAUAACAUCUGCUCACAUCGCCAUUGUAUCCACUUCAAACCGCAUCAUUUUGCACCUUACUGGUAUUGGACAACCCGAUUUUAAAAUGCUUAAAUAACGAGCGAUCUCAACCUUGAAUUUGGAAGAGAGGGCUGGCUGGUAGCAGACACGCUGUCAUUAGGUCUGCAUGCAGCAUGCAGCUGUGAUCACAAGCAACUCUCACGUGUAGUUUGCAGGAUGAAACUGAACUUAAAUGAAAGCAGCAUGCUUUUAGUGGCCUUUCUGUCAGGCAGGCAUUCAGCGUAAUGUCUGUUCAGUUGUGUGUGUUAAUCAGUAGCUUCAUCAACAUGUCAAUAUCAGUGUCACACAUUCAAUUACUGUUUUACUUUGAGGUUUUUGUCAUUGAUUUGUUUUCAUUUUUGUUCUACAAAUAGUUUAUAUAUAAUGUAUUGUAAAGCCUUUACAGUGUCAACAAAAGGUGUCAUUCACGCUAUGAAGUGUCAUAUCCAAAUGCUACCAAUGCAAAGCUACUCUGUUUCAGCAUAUAUCAAACAGCAGGACGAUCAUGUUUUCGUUCUUUCUUCCUCACAUCAUUGCUUUAAAUAUCAUGUUUGUAUUUACAUUCUGUGACUUCAAGUUUGGGGUGUUAGUUGUUUGCCAGGAGAGAUUUAUGAUCCGUAUAAUGUGGAGUCACGACAGCAAAUCUUCACUCACCUACAACACAGUGCGUGAUUCUGGGUAAAACAUACUCCUUACUGCAUCUGGUCCCUAUUUCAUCUUCAGAGAACCGUAUUGUUUGAAUCCAUAUCGACCCUUUUAUGUCUGAUCGUUUGAAUCACUGUAUGUAGAUCAUCUCAAGAGAACUUCGUCCCCCAGCUUUGCAGAUAUUUCAAAAGAAAAAAUACCACCCCUUUCAAAUCCCUGCGACUCUCAGCACUGUACAUAGGCAUAUAUUUAUUUUUUGAGAAAAAAAAAAAAAAGACAGUGUACGAUUUGAGAUGACGUGGCAACAACAGAAGACUGAUCCUGCAUCGCUGAGGGGAGUUAAUGGUAUUUAUUCCGUUUAUUUUCUACACGCUGUGCACAUUAAUCCACAAAGAUGCCGAUAUACAGCUUGUGUUAUGUUUCACUCUGCAUUGGUUUUCCAGGGAAACAUACAUCACGCUCUUUCUCAUACAGAACUCCCCAAGAGAGAGAAAACAUGUUCAGAGUUGUUUAGUUUUAACUCUAAAAGAUUGCAUACACCAGUGAUCUAGAAUUGGAUUGGGCCGCACAAUCUUGGCUCUCUGCGGGAGUCAAAUUGCAAAGUCCCAAUAAAGACUACGCCAACUGACGCAUGGAAAAUAAUAAGCAGCUGGGUCCUCUGAACCAGAUGGAAACAUUUUCAGAUUCUGCCGUAACAUCUUCCCCCCAUGCAUUACAAUAAUGGGUGUAAGGCGGUGACACACGGUGUUUAAAUUGCCUCUUUCAAAGCGUGCUUUCAGGUCAGAUAACUUGGCAGCAGACGCCGUCUUUCAGUCUGUACAGUACAUCGAGUCCAGAGCUCCGUCAGAGUGUGAUGGAUGUUACUUAGGCCACCAGGAAAACCUCUGUAUCCGCUUAAAACGCCUCUGUCAUGUCUGUCAUUUGAUCAGGGGGAACAUUAUGCAAGUCAUCAUUGUGUGCAUGAAAACAGUUGGAAGAAGGUUUACUCUAAAUGUGCCAGGCAGUCGGUGUUUAUAGUGGUGACAGCGUGUGUGCUGGAAACUAGUCUGUUCUUGAUUUGUGCCUUUUUAUCAACAUGUGAGUUCUUGACAUGCCGAGCACUGUCUGUUCUAGACUUGUUAUUUCCAGUAGACGGACAGCAACAGCACCAUAUGCAGGGCCUGAACAACCCUGCCUUCAUACACUGGAUUAGUCACAGCUUCCAUUCCCUUAUUUUAACACCCCGUUUUCAUCUUUAUGUUUGGACACUGUUGCUAAGGCAACAACGUAUGACCACUUCCUGUUUGGGAUUAUUUAUCAGUGAUUUGGCUGUUAUCACUUUACCAAUCGGCAGUAAUAUCUGUUGAUCUGUAAGGACUCGGUCAAGCCCAGCUGUCCUGAUGCCUUCUCCUCCCUCCUACCUUGUAAUUAACAGAAGACUUUUAUAGAGGUCACAAAAGAAAUAGAUAAAUGCCAAUUUUGUAAGAAUGAUUUAUAAAAAAAUAAACUCAUAUUUGAUGAUAA